CGGUGGCGGUGGUGGCGGCGGCAGCGGGCCCGGAGCAAGAUGGCGCUGCGACCGGGAACGGGAACUGGCGGCGGCGGGGCCGCGGGCGCCGGAGCGGGGGCCCCCGGGGGAGGCAGCUUCAUGUUUCCUGUAGCAGGUGGAAUAAGGCCCCCUCAAGCAGGCCUUAUGCCAAUGCAGCAACAAGGAUUUCCUAUGGUUUCUGUCAUGCAACCUAAUAUGCAAGGCAUAAUGGGAAUGAAUUAUGGCUCUCAAAUGUCCCAAGGACCCAUUGCUAUGCAGACAGGGAUACCAAUGGGACCAAUGCCAGCAGCAGGAAUGCCUUACCUAGGACAAGCACCAUUCUUGGGCAUGCGUCCUCCAGGUCCACAAUAUACCCCAGAUAUGCAGAAGCAGUUUGCUGAAGAGCAACAAAAACGAUUUGAACAGCAGCAAAAACUCUUAGAAGAAGAAAGAAAAAGACGCCAGUUUGAAGAGCAAAAGCAAAAGCUCAGACUUCUGAGUAGUGUGAAACCUAAGACAGGAGAGAAGAGUAGAGAUGAUGCUUUGGAAGCCAUAAAAGGAAACUUAGAUGGCUUUUCCAGAGAUGCUAAGAUGCAUCCUCCUCCAGCUUCGCACCCCAAGAAACCAGAUUGUCCCACAUCAUCUCAUUCAGCUAAAACUGUUUCCCCAUCACUUGCCUUUCUUGAUGAAGAAGAAUUCAGUGACUUUAUGCAGGGGCCUGUGGAAGUUCCCACUUGUGGGCCUUCUUCCACAGCCCAGCCAUUUCAGUCUUUCCAUCCUACCAUCCCACCUGGCCAGUUGCUUACACAGAAGGCUGGAGUACAGCCUCUCCCUCCAAGCCAGAUUCCAGUGUCUUUUGCCUUACAUGGCGUCCCUGGGCAAAUUCCUUAUUUCUCUACUGCUUCAGCUUCACACAGUGUGCAGAAAGCAGGCCCAUCCUUGGAGGAGAAGCUCCUAGUGUCUUGUGAGAUAAGUACAUCUGUGCAGGAACAAAUUAAAUUAAAUACUUCUGAAGCUGGGCACAAAGCCUUAGGCCCAGGUUCCCAUAAGAACCCUCCCAGUUUAACGGCCAAUAACGGGGUUGCUGUAGAUGGAUGUGUAAAUGGUACCACCACUGCAGAGACAGAAAAGACUUCAGAUCAAAACCUGUCAAUUGAAGAGAGUGGUGUGGGAGUAUUUCCCUCGCAGGAUGCAGUUCAGCCCAGAAUGCCUCCUUGGAUCUACAAUGAGAGUUUGGUUCCAGAUGCCUAUAAGAAAAUUUUAGAAACCACAAUGACUCCAACUGGAAUAGAUACUGCUAAACUUUAUCCCAUUCUGAUGUCAUCUGGACUUCCCAGGGAAACUCUUGGACAAAUAUGGGCCUUAGCUAAUCGAACUACACCUGGCAAACUUACUAAAGAAGAACUUUAUACCGUUCUCGCCAUGAUAGCAGUAACACAGAGGGGUGUUCCUGCCAUGAGUCCUGAUGCUUUAAGUCAGUUCCCAACAGCUCCUAUUCCAACUUUAAGUGGCUUUUCCAUGACUCUGCCUACUCCAGUGAGUCAACCAACUGUGAUACCUUCAGGCCCUGCAGGCUCCAUGCCUCUCAGCCUUGGACAGCCAGUCAUGGGCAUUAACCUUGUUGGACCAGUGGGUGGAGCUGCAGCCCCAGCUUCCAGUGGCUUCAUGCCAACUUACCCAGCAAAUCAGGUGGGAAAUUCAGAAGAUGAUGACUUCCAAGAUUUUCAAGAUGCUUCUAAGUCAGGAUCCCUUGAUGAUUCAUUCACUGAUUUCCAAGAGGUGCCUGCUUCCUCAAAAACAAAUAAUUCCCAGCAUGGAAACAGUACCUCAUCUUUGUUGACGCCACUUCCUGGAACUAAAGCACCAGCUUCAGUGGAUAAAUAUGCUGUGUUUAAAGGAAUUGCAGCUGACAAGUCCUUUGAAAAUGCUAUUCCAUUUGGAGAGCCUGGUGAUAAAUACAGUGCUUUCAGAGAACUUGAGCAGACAACAGAUAGUAAAUCUUUAGGAGACAACUUUACAGAAUUCAGGUCUGCAGGAACUGAUGAUGGUUUCACCGAUUUUAAAACAGCUGAUAGUAUAUCGCCACUAGAGCCACCAACAAAAGACACAACUUUUCCAGCAUCCUUCCCCUCAGGAACCAUACAACAGAAACAACUAGCACAAGUGAAAAAUCCUCUGAACUUAGCAGACCUAGAUAUGUUUUCCUCCAUUAAUUGCAGCAGCGAGAAAACCUUGCCUUUUUCAGCUGCAUUUAAUGCAUCAAAAUCAGUUUCUGCACGACCUCAGCCAACAGUUUCUGCCACAACUACUACAGCACUGGCAUCCACUAAAACUUCUAGUUUGGCUGAUGAUUUUGGAGAAUUCAACCUUUUUGGGGAAUAUUCUAGUCCAGCAUCUGUUGGGGAGCAGGAUGACUUUGCAGAUUUUAUGGCUUUCAGUAAUAACUCCGUUUCAUCUGAGCAAAAGGCAAAUGACAAAUACGAUGUCCUCAGAGAGGAAGCUAGUCCUGUUCCUCUCACUAGCAACUCAGGCAGCAUAGCAAAGAGUGCACAGAACCCAACUACUGCAUCUACCAAGUACGAUGUCUUCAAGCAGCUUUCCCUAGAAGGAGCUGGAUUAGGUGUGGAAGAAUUAAAAGAUAACACUACUUCUGGAAAGAGUGAUGAUGAUUUUGCUGACUUCCACUCCAGUAAAUUUUCAUCCAUGAACUCAGACAGAUCCUUAGGAGAGAAAGCAGUGGCGUUCAGACACACCAAAGAAGACUCUGCUUCUGUGAAGUCCCUGGAUCUUCCUUCAAUUGGUGGCAGCAGUGUCGGCAAAGAGGACUCUGAAGAUGCACUUUCUGUUCAGUUUGACAUGAAAUUGGCUGAUGUGGGAGGAGAUCUUAAGCAUGUCAUGUCUGAUAGCUCUUUGGAUUUACCAACAGUUAGUGGCCAGCAUCCUCCUGCCGCAGAUAUAGAGGACUUAAAAUAUGCUGCUUUUGGAAGCUACAGUAGCAAUUUUGCAGUGAGCACACUUACGAGCUAUGACUGGUCAGACAGGGAUGAUGCAUCUCAGGGCAGAAAACUCUCUCCAUUUGUCCUCUCAGCAGGAAGCAGAUCCUCCUCAGCUGCCUCAGUUCUUCAAAAGAAAGAGACAUCAUUUGGCAGUUCUGAAAACAUCACCGUGACAUCUCUCUCCAAAGUAACAACCUUUGCAAGUCAAGAUGCUCUUCCAGAAACUCCCUUCCCAGCUUUUGCCAGUUUUAAAGACAUGCUUCCUCAGACCAGUGAGCAAAAAGAAUAUGAAAGUGGGGUCUAUAAAGAUUUCAUAAAACAAGACAUGACUAUAGCUGAAUGGAGCCAAGAGGCCACAUGUCCAAGCCCAGCUUCUAGUGCCACCUCUCACGAAACCCCCAAAGAAUGUUCAGAUGACUUUGGAGAGUUUCAAAGUGAAAAGCUCAAAAUCAGCAAAUUUGACUUUUUAGUAGCCAACCCACAAAGCAAAGUGAAAUCCAGUGAAGAAAUGAUCAAAAGUGAGCUGGCAACCUUUGAUCUUUCUGUUCAAGGAUCACACAAGAGGAGCUUGAGCCUUGGUGAUAAAGAAAUAAGCAGGUCCUCACCUUCUCCAGCUCUGGAGCAGCCUUUCAGAGACCGUUCUAACACUCUGAGUGAGAAGCCUGCUCUGCCUGUCAUCCGUGACAAGUACAAGGAUCUCACUGGAGAGGUGGAGGAAAAUGAGAGAUAUGCAUAUGAAUGGCAGAGAUGUCUAAGAAGUGCUCUGGAUGUCAUUAAGAAGGCAAAUGACACCUUAAAUGGAAUUAGUAGUAGUGCUGUUUGCACAGAAGUUAUUCAGUCAGCUCAAGGCAUGGAAUACUUAUUAGGUGUUGUUGAAGUAUACAGAGUAACCAAACGUGUGGAGCUUGGGAUAAAAGCCACUGCAGUAUGCAGUGAGAAACUUCAGCAGUUAUUGAAGGACAUCGAUAAAGUAUGGAAUAACCUAAUCGGCUUCAUGUCACUCGCCACACUCACACCAGAUGAAAAUUCGUUGGAUUUUUCCUCCUGUAUGCUGCGGCCUGGGAUUAAAAAUGCCCAGGAACUUGCAUGUGGGGUGUGCCUCUUAAAUGUGGACUCCAGGAGCCGGAAAGAAGAGAAGCCUGCUGAAGAACAUCCUAAAAAAGCGUUCAACUCAGAUACAGACAGUUUCAAGCUGGCCUAUGGAGGACACCAGUAUCAUGCCAGCUGUGCCAACUUCUGGAUCAACUGUGUUGAACCAAAGCCUCCUGGUCUCAUCCUGCCUGAUUUGCUCUGAAAAGCUCCUCUAUAAAGCACCAGCUGUUUGCUCUAGUUUUCUUAAGAUAAUUAAAAUGAGGACCACAAGGGCUGGAGGAGUGGCUCAAGGGUAGAGCACCUGCCUAGCAAGCGUGAAGCUCUGAGUUCAAACCCCAGUACUACAAAAAAAAAAAAAUGGGACCACAGUUUUCUUUAAGGAGCAGUUUGCUGCUGCAGUAUUGAAACUGUGAAGAACUGGCAUUUGAAGAAAAAUAAAUUGUUGUUGUAGGGCUGGAAUUGGCAAAACUGUUUCCAGUCAGUGCUUACUUAUGUCUAGAACUGUAAGGUAGGUCCUGUAAAGUAGAAUUUAUCUCUCUGCAUUUAGUUCGUAAAUGUCUGGAAUGAAUAAAAGGAAGAAAUUGUGAUGAAAUGAUUCUCUGUCUUGUUAAAGAAAAAAAUACUGCUCAACUCUACCAGACAAUGGUAGACAUUGAGGGCACAUUUACCAUCUAUUUUCAUAGCUGAAUUUCUUCUCUACUCCUUUCUUUCAUUUCUGAAACUGUCAGCUCUUAAAGAAGACUCUUUCCAAACCAUGUCUGGUCCUUGGAGAAGAACAUCUAUUUUGACAGAGGCCCAAAUCUUGUUAUGUCGAGAUAAAUAUCCUUCUCCUUCUCCUUUCACUGGAAACCUGUUGUGCAACACGCAAAAGACUGGUACAAAGCAUGGUCUUUUUCCAGACAAGAUCUGGACAGGCUGUGGAAUGAAGUCUGUUUGCUGUGGCUUCUCCCCACGUUUUCAACGAAGAUUGUAUAGGACCAGCAUUGCUGGACUUGUAUCUGUGAGAGAGACGUGAAAAUGAACACAGCUUGAGAAGGUGGAACUCCUGGCCUAGUGAGCUGAAUACUAAGGUGUAUGCAUAUUUAUGGGGGAGGUACAUGCUGCAGAAACAUGAGGGGAAAUUGUUCAGCAACAGCACUGAAUUUUAAAAGGAAGAGAGUCAUGCUUUCUAGUGUAAGAAUUUUCUUUGCCAUUUAAACUAAAUACAUAAAAUAAGAAGAACAAAAGCCAAGUAGUUAAGGCCUGUGUUAUUCCUAGGAAGAACAACCAAUCUAUGACACCUGUUUUCUUUGAAUUUCUGAUUAUGUGCUUCAUGAAGGGAUUUUCAGUCUUGUUUGCUUCACUUUGUAUGAUAAGGCUUUCUGACAUAUACUUAGUUUUUAUUUGCUUUUGUCUAUAUAACUGCUGCUUUUACAUAAUUGUUUUCCCCUUCCAGGAUAAAACUUCAGGGAAUUCUGUGCUGUUCCAUUUUACACCUUUUGCAUUUUCUCCAAGAAAGGUAUAGAUUAUUUCACACAGCUGUUGAUGUGGCCUCUGCUUUGCCUUGCUGUACUCCAGAACAUACAGAGAAGCGUUGAUGAGAUACAUCUGUUUUUCUCACUUGCUCUAGAUGACAUCAUCUCUAGCUAUUAAUGACUGAGACAGCUGUCUGAACUGUCAGUGAGAGGCUUUUCCCUUCUCAGGGCUAGUGGAGUGUAACCACUCGGGGGCUGGUUUUUUGCAGGCUCUUCUGAGGCACCUGUGCUCUGCUUCAUGCUGGACAGCACUGGUGUUUCACCAUGGCACUAGAAUAAUAAGCAGGCAUCUGGUUGGUCUUGUAAAUUCCCUAAUAGAACUGGAUAAUGGAAUCUACCUUAGUAAAACUAUUUCCCAAUUUGACAAGAUUUAUAUUGCUGAGGCAUUUCAUGAAUAUGCAAUAUGGACUAUUCUAUCAUUGUAGACUGUAUCAAUGACAUUUUAAAAAGUGUUUCCUAGAUUGGUUUCCAUUCCUAGAUUUAUUCUAGAAUGCCUCAGAUAAAAUUCCUAAGUAUAAUUAUAGCUGUCCUUACCAAGUGAUAGGUUUAGUCACUGCUUGGGAGGCAUCAGAGGAAAACUCAGUAGAUGUCAACAAAAAAGCCUUUGCUAUGAAAAGUAUUCACUACUGUGAAUAUGUUUGAUACUUGAAAUGUUUAAUUAGAUACUACCAAUAAGGAUUUGGGGAGUGUAGCAUACCAUUGGGCUGGUUUUAUCCAUGCUUAUUAAAAUGACUCAACAUUGCAUUCAGCUUUACUUCAGCUCUUGUUAGCCAAAGAGCCCAGUGUCCUUGGAAACAGUAACCAAGGAUACUUAUUUCCAUACUGUGUAUUGUGUCAGGCAGCUUCACCCCAUUGCUAUGGGUUAGUGUAUAAAUUCAGUUUUUUGUCUGGACACGCUUGAGACAGAAGCGGUACAAGGUAUUCCUCUUCUGUCUAUGCUUUAUUUUUCCCAUGUCU